GCCGCGCCCACCAUGCACACCGAAGGCCAUGGCAACGCGUGGCAGUACGGCGCCGGCGGCGGGGUUCUGGGCUUCGUCGUGCUAGUCUUAGACGUGAUAGUGUUUCUCGAGGUCCUCAAAUCCAAUCGCCCGGCGCUCAAUAAGGUCCUCUGGUGUCUGCUGGUCUUCUUGUUCCCUAUCGGCGGAUUAAUAAUCUAUUAUCUGUUCUCGAAUCGCGCCGCGCAUGCGUCGGGUGGGUAUGAGCCGCUG